AGUAGAAGACAUGUUAAUAGUGGUCGGGCUAAUAUAAGUACACCACGAAAUGGAGUAUUUGAGGUUGAGGAAUAUGGCGCCCGAUAGUCAAUGCAAUGGCCCCCGCCAUCUCGAUCUAAACAAGGCCCCCUGCGUCAAACUGGCAGCAAACCAUCUCCUUCGAAGAUGGCACGGGCGAUCGGGAACGUUGGGUAUCGUUACGUCGGCACUUGCCCUUCCCCGUACGGCAAUUGACGACACAGUUGGCCUUUCUGCAUCCUAUUUACGCAAUCACAGAAGCUGGAGUCCUACUUGGCCUGAUCCGAUUCCCAGCAUUGGCGUUAGGGGUUUGACUCGCCAUGGUCAAGGAGCUGCGACGAGGAUCGAAACAUCGCACCCACGCGAAGGGGUCAGUGCGUGCAUCUAGGUCCUGGAACAUACUCCCUUCGGAUAUUAUACACGAAAUUGUUCACUACCUCGUCCCGUGUCACUUGUACCCUGGGGAUGAUGGCUACUCACCUUCCCCCAAAUUUGUGACGAGUUACAUCCAGAAACGUGCCGCUUUGGCAUCUCUCGCUCUCGUCUCCUGUAAUUGGGUCGACCCUGUGAUGCGUGGCCUCUAUCGUGAAAUCGCAAUAUUCAUCUGCACCGAAGCAUCCGUAUAUUCUCUCCCCGAAUCACUCAAGUCUCAUGGGAACCUCGUUCGAACCAUCAUUCUCGACUCUAGAACUCGUCAUUUGAAGGACCGACCAUCUCUCAUUGACCACUUUCCCGAUCAGCUGGCUCGGUUCAAUCAGAGGGUUAUAUUGAUAAACGAAAUUAUUGCAUCAUGUUCGCACCUGACGGGGAUGGAGAGUUUUGGUUGGUACGAUGAUGCCUUCGCCGAACUCGCCCAGUUCAAUGACAACUUUGAGACUGUCGUCGCUCCUUCAAGCUCCAUGAAACAUUUUACGUGGACGAGUGGGUGUUAUUCACAUGGGCUGCGCUGUGCUCUCCAGCACCUUUCUCGGACAUUAGAAACCUUGAUUAUUUAUGAGUGGGAUCCAGUCACUCCUAUGUCCACAUUCGGCCGGCCUUUCACUCCCAUCUCGCGCCUCCCUUCUCUUCCACGACUUUCAGAAAUUCGUCUUAAGAAAACCUCAGGCCCUGAAUUACUCCAUAUGCUCGAGCUUCUUAAAAGUACAGAAUGUGUCGGGGAAGAUGAGAAUGUUACUUCCCGUUUACGUGUGCUAGAAGUGCAGCGGCCAGACUGGUUGACGCCCAAGGAUUUCCUAUACCAGUUCCCUAUCACCAAAACAUGGGAGUGGCAUGACUAUUCCGAACUCCCUUGUGCACUUUUCCAAAGCUCCCCACAUUUAGAAGAGCUCUCGCUCCUCAGUCCAAUUCCACUCUCUUCAUUCUCCAAACCGCCUGAAACACUUCGCAUAUUGCGCACCCUGAUUUGGCGGAGUUAUUUUGGGCCGCAUGAAUUCAUGCGCUUCCUGAACUCUCCAUCGAGUCGAAAUCUGAAGCUUAUCGAGCUACAGCACGUCUCGAGGACGGCGAUGGCGAAGUGGAAAGUUGAGAUGGAAACUGUGUUGCAAGUCGGACGUCGUCUUGGGAAAGAUAUCAUCAUCCCGACUGAAAUUUAUCCCGAGCCCCAAUUUAGACAACCUGGUGCGAUAAUAACCAGAAUCACGCGACAACCUACGGUGACAAUAAAAUGGGAGAAAGUGCUCGGGUUAACAUUGGGCCCCCCAUUCGAAUGCCACGAUGAUCGGACUCGAAAUCACCCUCUGGAUCUUACCCUACGUUUAUCACGUCAACUUGCUUUGCCCUUUGUUGAGACCCAGUCUGUUCCUGUUUCUCCUCGUUCUCACCUUCUGAUCCCACCUGUGCCUCAUUUCAUCUGAUUUGUGGUACUCGAGAGCUUGGACAAAAAAUAUUUCCUUAGUACAGACCCCCACCACGCCGGAACAGGUGCACGCGAACAAGAAGUAGCCAUUCUCGAUGUCGAGGGUCACUGGGAUACGGGCCCCAUCCUUCUCACUUCCCUAUUCCUUGGUACCCUCAACGCAAUUCCCGUCUCACCUGACUUCGUCUGAUCCUCCAUCUCAGCCCGCAGUAUCAUCCAAUGAUGGCGCGUAAAAGCUCA